GUAAAAUUUAAGAAAAACCCAAUCUGAUUUGGCGAAUCUGGGACAGAGAAGAAAAGAAUUUAGGGCUGGGUGAGAUUUUCCAAGAAUGGCGCUGCUGGAACCUCAAAUAUGCUACUUGCCCUCUGAACCAUUACACCAUGAUGAUGGCACUGUACCACGCUCUCCCUACGUAGAAGUUUUCCCCAUUCCUGAAUAUUCACCACCAUCGAGGCUACAGGAAUUUCGAAGAUUUCCCAUAGACGACAAGAUUCCGCCUCGGGACUUACUUGGUCAAGUUGCACUCCAUUGCUACAAUCUGCAAAACGGAACAAACUUACGAUUUUGGGGUUUACUUAUGAAUGAUCCCAAGGAUACUGGAAUAAUCUCUGGCCAUAUACGCGAUUCCACUCUCGACUUGGAAUUUAGGGUUCGGUAUGAUGAGGUUGAGAAACAACGUUGCUCGACUAUGAUUACAACUCUCUGCAGGUUGAAGCCACAGCAAACUCCAGAGGUGGAAGGCAAUCUAUGUGCGGCCUUUGACAGACUUUCUGUGGAUGAUUUCUUCAAAGAUGACCUGCCCGAUUGGGUCCCUGAGGAUGCGCUAACUGCCAGUGAUAAUCUGCAAUACUACGAGAUGAAAGAAUCUGAGGCGGAAGAAUACAAGGAAUGGCUUCAUUUUUAUGCAAAACUUGGAUUCUUUACAACCUGUGGAAGUUUCCUGAAAGAUCUGAGGUGGGCACAGCCAUUUGAGCUGAGAAAGAUAAUUGUGCAAACCAGAGAACAUGUGGAGUCGAAGAAGAAGGCCUUGGCGGAGAAUGCAAUCUUCUACAUUGCCUUCAAAACCCGUGCCGUCGGUCGAGACUACAGGGCUAUCAUAAGGAGAACAAUGGAUGGAACGCCAGGGCAUAUGUCCCUUGAAAUCAAGUGUUUUAAGAUGUGAAAGUCCACCAUUAUGUCCAGCUAGCUAGGUCUUUAUUCAGAUGGUGACGACAUCUUUUUGUUUUUUCUUUUUUUUUCGUAGAUGGUGACGACAUCUUAUUUGCUUAAUGUUUUGCUUGUGUGGUAGUCAUGCAAAGAGUUAAAUGACUUUUAAUUCCAUUUUGGCUCCACAUAUAUAUUGUGGGUUAAAGAGAUGAUAAUGUCUAUCUCUUUGUGGGUUUAUACAUCCAUUUGCUUGCAUA